AUGGCUCUUGCAACGAUCUGCAGCAGCACGUCAAAUCAGCACGAUUUCAUGGGGUUCAUUGUCGAUCACAAACUGCGUCGCGGAAGCGGGGAGGAGGCAAAGAAGGCCGCCAGUGAGCUUGAGCGACUUAAUAUUCGAGCACAGAUCCUCGAGUUAGACUGGGGCGCUUACGGUGAUCUGAAGACCCUCACGAAUCUUGAGACGAUUGCGCGAAGACUUCGUUACCAGGCUCUGGGUAGAGCGUGUUACCGACAGGGCAUUCAACAACUCCUGGUCGGACACCACGCGGAUGAUCAAGCUGAGACGGUGCUUUCGAGGAUUUGUGCGAAUUAUUUGGGGACUGGAUUGCAAGGCAUUCAGAUCGUUGCCAAUAUCCCCGAAUGUCGGGGAAUUUAUGGUGUCGACCAUUCUGGAAUGCCAAGGACUUAUGUCGACCCCAAAGGUGGCACUGAGAUCGUCAUUGAGGAUGGAGGUGUGAAGAUUCUAAGGCCAUUGCUGAACUUUUCGAAAAACCAACUGGUCCGUGUCUGCGAAGAGGCCAACACAACUUGGUUUGACGACAAGACAAAUUCAGAUACUAGUCUGACUGUGCGGAACACACUGCGACUACUACUGAAGCAGAAUCUUCUUCCAAGAGCAUUGAAGCAGGACAGCCUCUGCCAGCUAGCAACGCGGAUGGUCCAGCGUAACGAGCGUGUGCGACAACGAGCGGCUCAACUGUUAGAGGAUACCUCGAUCAAUAUGCUGUGGCGAUCUGGAGGCGUCGAAUGUUCCCUGAAUUCCUUGCACAGAUAUCGAGAUGAGAGCGAGUCCGUCAAAGCCGUUAUUUUACGAAAGCUUUUAUGCCUUGUCCGGUCAGACAAAGACAUAUCGCUGAAGGAUCUGGAUCAUGCUGUCGAAUUUGUCUUUCCUGAGAAUCAAAAGGCUUAUGCGAUUAGAGCAGGAAUCACGAUCUCGGGCGUCUACAUGCAAAUAAAAUCCGCAGGUGCUUUGGAGGAUUCGGAAUCCCCAAAGCUGGUACUCGAGAUGCUUCGCCAACCAAGGCCAAGAUCCGAGCAGACAGAGUUAGAUUUGGGAGCUCGCGAGCACUACAACGAGGAAGACGGCUUAUUCUGGACACAAUGGCAUUUGUAUGAUGGUCAAUACUGGAUUCGUGCUGCAAGCAUUGAGGAGUCGAGCAAAGCAAAGCGUUAUAGGGUCUUAGUCCGAGACCUAUCAGACAAACCAGCAGGAAUCAUGAACAGUGAUGAUUGGCACGACAUAAAGCGAACAGUUGCGCUUCCUGAUUACAUCCGCCGGCAGCUCCCUACAAUUCUGCUCGAUCAGAACGGACAGCAUAAGCUGCUAGCUUUGCCUUCCGUUGAUUACAGGAAGCGGAAGCCUGGUCCAACAGUCCGCAAUUACACGUGGCAGAUAAGAUAUCAGCAUGUCCGAUUACCUUGA